AUGUGGCUGCUAGAAGUCCUAGUUGUUGGACUUUGUAGGGUGUUCUACAAGACUUCUGGUGGUGCUUUAAAGGUGAGAUUGCUGGAGUUCCUUGAGUUCUAUAAUAUGUGGCGUGCACGAGCUAUGGCUAACCGUAGGAGGAGGGACACAGCUGGAGCUGAUGACAUAGCUCAGGCGAUCCAUCGUAUGGUGGACGCGAUGCAGCCCAUAGCGAUGCCACCCAGAGCUGUAGUGGCACCUACCCGACCAGUAUCUAUGGAGGAUUUCAUGAAACACCGGCCGGCCAAGUUCUCUAGCAAGGCCACUCCUGAUGAGGCAAAUGCCUGGAUGCGAGAAUGCGAGAAGAUCUGUAGAGUGCUAGGGUGCACGGAUGAGCAGAGGCUGUUGUUUGUCACAUUUCUCUUGGUGGCAGACACAGAGUAUUGGUGGCAGGGGAUGCAGCAGUUGAUGCAGACCUGUGAGGAGCAGGUGACAUGGACUGCCUUCAGGACGAGGUUCCUGGAGAAGUACUUUCCCGACAGUGCGAGGCACGAGCGGGAGGCAGAGUUCCUUACUCUUCAGCAGGGGACCAUGACUGUGGCGGCAUACAUAGAGAGGUUCGAAUAUCUGGCGCGUUUCUACACUCCAGCAGUCACCGAGGAGUGGAGGUGUAGGAAGUUUGAGGGCGGCCUAAAACAUGAGUUACGCCGUUUCUUGGUGCCACUUCGGAUUAGAGAGUUUCCAGUUUUGGUCGAGCAGGCCAAGACUGUGGAGCAGUUGGAGACCGGGUCGAGUAGUGGAGGGAAACAGCAGAGGACUACUCCAAAUGUUAGACCACAGAGAAAACCUUAUAGCAGACUGCCGACUACCUGGGGGAGGCUACAAUGUUAUAACUGUGGCGGGGAACACUUGAGGAGGGAUUGCACUAGACCGGCCAGCAAUACCGGUGGAGGCAGUAGCACUGGUAAGUGCUAUGUGUGUCAGCAGACAGGGCACUUUGCACGUCAGUGUCCUAACAGAAGACCAGCUAGCGGUGUGCCAGCUAAGAGGCCAGUAGGAGACCGACCCAGAGCACCGGGGCGUGUGUUCGCCUUGACGACUACAGAGGCGAAACAGUCAGAUAGCCUUUUGCAGUUUCUAUGUUUGUUGUGUGACCACGAGGUAGUGGUGUUGUUCGACUCGGGAGCCACUCAUUCGUUUGUGUCUAACGAAUGUGUGAGGAGGCUCGGGCUCACGAUGCGAGAGCUGGGGUGCGAGCUUUUAGUUGCGACGCUAGCGUCUGGAGAGGUAUCCACCACUUCUAUGUGCGUGGGGUGUCCUAUGGAGGUGGCAGGCCGUAGGUUCAGGCUGAAUCUCAUAUGCUUGCCGAUGAAGGGUUUAGAUGUGAUUCUGGGCAUGGAUUGGUUGUCGAGUAACCAUGUCGUCAUUGAUUGCGGGCAGCGCAAGAUAGUGUUUCCUGAUACGGUGGGGUUAGAACUUAUCUCAUCUAAUCAGGCAGUGAGGGAGAUUGAGGCUGGAGCUACAUGUUACAUGAUUGUGGCUCAGGCAGAGAAGAUGAGCACGGCCGAGAAGAUCAGCAGGAUUCCGGUAGUAGAUGAAUACGCAGAUGUAUUUCCGGAUGAGAUUCCAGAACUACCGCCUAGCAGGGAUGUAGAUUUCUCCAUUGAUCUCAUCCCUGGCGCUGGGCCAGUUUUUAUGGCACCGUACAGAAUGGCGCCUGCUGAGUUAGCUGAGCUAAAGAAACAGAUUGAGGAUCUGCUUGAGAAGAACUCCCGGUUGUGUGUUGAUUACCGACAGCUGAAUAAGCUAACGAUAAAGAAUAAGUACCCGUUGCCGAGGAUUGACGAUCUAUUAGAUCAGUUGAGGGGAGCUGCGGUGUUCUCAAAAAUAGACUUGAGAUCUGGGUAUCAUCAGAUCCUUGUCAGGCCGGAGGAUGUUCAGAAGAUAGCCUUUCGAUCACGGUAUGGUCACUACGAGUAUGUAGUGAUGCCAUUUGGGGUGACCAAUGCGCCGACUAUAUUCAUGGAUUACAUGAAUAGGAUUUUCAGGCCAUAUCUGGAUCAGUUUGUAGUAGUGUUUAUCGAUGACAUUUUGAUCUACUCCGAGAGCAGGGAAGAACACGCAGAGCAUCUGAGAGUAGUAUUGGGGAUUCUCAGAGAGCACCAGUUGUAUGGAAAAUUGUCGAAAUGUGAAUUCUGGUUGGAAGAGGUACAAUUCAUGGGUCAUGUGAUCUCAGCCCAAGGAAUAGCCGUUGAUCCGGCAAAGAUAGAGACUGUGGUGAAGUGGGAGAGGCCCCAAACAGUUUCAGAGGUGCAGAGUUUUCUGGGUUUGGCAGGGUAUUAUCGACGGUUUGUGGAGGGUUUCUCCAAGAUGUUGAGUCCUCUUACACAGCUUACGAGAAAGGACCAACCUUUCUCGUGGACAAACGAGUGUGAAGCUUGCUUCGAGGAUAUGAAGAGAAGACUGACCACCGCACCGAUAUUGGCAAUCCCUGACACGACUAAAACAUUUGAGGUGUACUGUGAUGCCUCGUAUCAGGGGUUAGGCUGUGUGCUGAUGCAGGAUAAACGGCCUGUAGCUUAUGCAUCGAGACAGUUGAAGGUGCAUGAGAAGAAUUACCCGACACACGACUUGGAGUUAGCGGCAGUCGUGUUUGCCCUCAAGACAUGGAGGCAUUACUUGUAUGGAGCGCAGUUCCAAGUAUUCAACGAUCAUAAAAGCUUGAAAUACUUGUUUGAUCAGAAAGAGUUGAUAUGA